GUGUCACCAACCCCACAACAAAGAUGGAGGACGAUAUCUCAGAUUUGAGCAGACCACAAAUGUACUUGUUUGGUUGCACCCUGAAGUCGGACAGGAGGGAGUUCAGAGUUGACGUAGACGACGAUGACACUGAGCAGCAGCUGUCACUCAAAGCAGUGUGUCUGGGAGCCGAGGCUGACGAUAAGUUCCACAUGGUGGAAAUCGAAGGCCUCACUUAUGAUGGGAAGUCGACCAAAGUGCCACUGGUUGUCCUGAAACCGUCCGUCCUGCCCUCUAUGAGUUUAGGUGGAUUUGAGAUCACACCUCCAGUUACCUUCCGUCUCCAGUCUGGCUCUGGACCAGUUCACAUCAGCGGGCAGCAUUUUGUCAGCGUGAAGGAUUCAGACGAUGAAGAGGAGGAGAACAACAGCUCGCCGGUGAAGCGGCCAGCGAACCUGAUGUCGGGGAAGAAGCCUCCGUUGAAAAAACUAAAGAUGGAUUCCGAUGAUGAUGAAGACGACAGUGACGACGACGAUGACGAUGAUGACGAAGAUGAAUACAGUGAUGAAAAUGAUGUGAAGCCUCAGAAGAAUGCAGGAAAAGAGCUCAAAAAAUUUCCAGCAAAGAAGCCAAACAAGACUCCGCAGAAACAAAACGGCCCCGCAGGAAAACCAUCCGGAUCAGCAGUCAAACCUCAGAUCAAGACACCUGCCCCAGGAAAAGACAAAGCCCAGGCCGGCCCGUCUAAAUCUCCCCCUCUGACUGAGAUUAAGAGCAAGUUGUCAACGGCAGCCAAGGAGGGAAAACCGCUGCCGAAGACCGAGCAGAAGUUUGAGAAUUACGUGAGGAGUUCUUUUAAAAUCUCGGACAAAAAAGUGGUCAAGGACCUUUGGAGUUUUGUACAAACCUUGAAGAUCGAGAAGAAGUAACAACCCUUGUAUGUUUUGCAUCCUGCAAGACAUUUAAAGGCACAGUCAGCGACAUUUCCUACUUGGCCUUAUUGGGUCAUCAUUGCUAACAUGGAGUGAACAGAAGGGCCAGAAUGCUAAAAAGAAAAUGGGUGAAGCCAUUAAUGAUGCAGGUGUCAUUGUUUUUGUUUUUUUUUGCUAGAUGCGAAGCACCUCCUGGAGCUCGUUCGUACUCCACUCACAAACUCGCGUAUUCACGUUUUCCGCAAGGGGGACGCUGUCCACUUCAUCGCACCACCUAUAGGGAAGGGAGCUCAUAGCACCACCAAUUAGGACCCGCAGAUGUCUGUUGGCCUUCCUGCAGGAAAAAAAAAAAAUAGCUGCUGCUGUCUUAACACUUGCGCCACCUGCAGGCAAUAAAUGUCGCACCUGCAGAUUUUUUUUAUAGCUGCCAUAAAUAACAGAUAUGUAAAUUGGCAACAUAACAAGUAUUCAGAGCAAAGGACAGACCAGACAGAACCUAGUUAAGUUAGUUAUUGCUAAAAUUUCUAUAUGGUCCGUCUGUAUUUUCUCAACAGUAUCUUUUUUUUUUAGCACAUUUCUGAUCUUAGACAUGAUGUAAAAUAAAUAUCCUUAAGCAUCAGCUAUAAAAAUGCUCGUAGCUGCAGGUGGUGUAACUGUCAACUUACAGAAGCUGCUCCUCUCCUACCCGGUAGAAGGUGAGAUCGGCAUGAGGACAUCCGACUUCCUUCAGUGUUCUGAUAUCGGCCGAGUCUGGCUUCAGGUGCUUCGCAUCCAUGACAGCGUGUGUCCUUGUUAAGUCAACAAUGCAAUAGGAGAUAUUGCAGAGUGUGCCUUUAAAUAUCUACUGUAAACCGAGUGAAAUCAGAGUCGUGUGAAUUCGAGAAGAAUAUACAAGGAUGGUUGAGACAGCUGAUGUAGGGGGACGAUGACGAUGUGUUUUUCCUCCAAAGUGUUGCGUUGAUAUUUUUAUGUUCUGUCUGGCUUUACUAAGCAUUUUAAGCUUGCAAAAAAAAAAAAAAAAAACGCUUACAGAUUGUACUUUUAAUUUGUCUGGCAUAAUUGCUUUAUACAUGUUGUUCAGGAAUUCAUCAGAGCCAGUCGAGAUCCGUUUUUUUAAGUCUUGACCCUCAGUUUGGUCAGAACAGCCGUAUUUGUAUUCUUUAACAAGUUGGCCAACGACAAAUGAUUCAAACGUUUAUGAAAUAUUUCACUUUAAAAAAAAUAAUAAUCUAGAAACGGUAACAUCCAUAUACGUACAUGGAUGUGUGCAGUUUUGUGUCCAUGUUUUUACUGGAGAGACAUUUGCUGGUAUGAUGGUGUUUUUUUUGCAGAAUGAAUUCAUAUCAAACCCAUCAACAUCUGUGAUGACUUGAGAGAUUUCUUAUUACCGUGAUUACAAAAUCAAAAGCAAUUAUCAUAAGAAACAGUUCUGAAGAAUAUUAUGAGCGCUAUAAAACCAACACAGCUGCUCUGACUAAAAUGUUUAUUUUUUUGGUUUUAAAGUUAUUUACAGUGCAAACAAAAAAGUUAAAAUAAACAGCAAAUAGAUUGUUGACUAGCUCCAGGAGUAUGUUGUAAUAUUAACACAGUUUUCAAUGUGUUUCAAUGAACUCUAAUGCACUAAAAAGCUGGUUACAAGCCUAUGAACACAGAACAUAAUCAUCAGGUCUAUGUCAUAAAAUGACAUCAGAGUGACAUCACGUCACCUUUACAGAAACCCCAUAAAGAGCUCAACCCCAUAAUCGUUAGCACUCUUGUAGAUCAGUGCUCUGAUGACAAUGAGAAUACAAUGGCUUUGUGCUUAAGUGUUAAUGAUCCCGUAUCCGGUCCAGAUCCUCUUAAAGAGCCUUUUAUGAGCCAAAUGUUGGCUGUUAGAUUCCAUCUUUAACCAAUCAAACUUCUUGGUUUAACCCUCCUGUUGUCUAAGAAAGGAUAUUUCAAAUUCCUUAGCUGUAAUCUUUACUGUAAUGUCCUCUUUGUAGCUUCAAUAAUGAUUUUUUUUUUUAAAUCUUAUACUUCCCGUUGUAUCAAACCUAAUGAUCUUUUUUUCCUGUAAGCAAAUCUAUUGCUUUUAUUUACCAACACGGCAGCUGAACAAUUAUAUUUUAACGUGUAUGCUUAAUCCGCCCUUGCUAACAGCUGGUUUUGCAGCUCGGCUCUGUGUUCAUGAUCUUUGAUUGAAAUGUUGUGUUGUAGUUUGGUAUAGAAAUGUUUUAUGAGUACAAAACCCCCCCCUUUUUAAAAUGACCUGUUUUUGUUCACUUUUUGUUUUAGUCCUAUUGUUUUGUCUUUAUUAAGUUGUGCUUCUUUUGAUUCUGUAAUUUUGAAGCCAGUACCUGAAUAUGUCCAUGUGGGGGGAAAAAACAAAAACAUUGUGUUCUUUGUUGAUAACCUGAUGUGUGUUUAGGGCUCAUUCUUUUUUUAGUCAUUUUAUAAAAAAUGUGGUUGAAAUUUGGCUGUUGAGUAAGUAUCUACUGUAGUAUCAGACUAGAGUAGCUCUGAGAUCGUACUGUUUGGAUCCGAUGAAUGACCCCUCUGUGUGAUAUUAAUUGCUUUUUGUCUGUGACCUAAAAAACCUACCGUAAAACAUCAGCAUGCGAUGAGAGGGAACUUCAAAUUUGAAUUGACAAGAAACAAGGCUCGUACCUAUUUACUGCAUACGUCAAUGCAAAUGAAAUUGUAUUACACUGAAAUAUUGGUAUUAGUGGAUGAUGGAUUGACUGACUCAACAUGUGUUGAAAGAAAGUGCAUUUUGUCCAUUUAGUUCAACUUUAUUGAUUAGUUUAUGCAUGACUGCUGAUGGAGGAUAUUCAUUCAUUCAUUCUGUUGAGAUGAACAUAUCCAUCCAUUGUUUUGUUUUUUUAUCUAUCUGUGUCAUUUACCUGAAUAAAGUAAAUCUC